AUGGUCAACUUUAUCUCCACCAUCCUCCUCGGCCUCAGCGCCUUCCAGCUUGCAUAUGCUGCCGACGGCACGGUCACUUUCUUCCGCGACCGCGACUGCAAGGGCACGAACAUGUGGGAGGGUAAAGUCGGCAAGGGCACCGACCAACGGGUCAGCGGACCCGAUCUCCACGAGGCGCUCUCCUUCUCGUACUCCGGUUACUUCAACAUGAUCAUCGCGACGAGCAGCAAGUUCGACUCGAAGACUUGCUCCUACUGUAGCAACAACCACGAAGAUCACCACGAGGGUGGAUGCAUCAACAUCAAUACUGGUUUCGGACCCAAUUAUGUCGCACUGAUGAAAGUCGGCAACGAUCCAGCGGAUCUUCCCUGCCGGAACUUCCUAAACCGUUGCGACUUCCCCGUCCCCCCUGGAAACGGCUUGGAGAAGCAGUAG